AUGGCCUCUGAAGCAGAAAAGCAGGGAGCUGCCGGCCACUCACCGCAUGGCAGCCAGCAGACCUUUGUCAACACUGACGACAGGGACACUCUCCGGAGCAGUCAGGUGGCUCAGGCAGAGUCCGAAAAGAAGCCCGCCGCAACCCCGGCCGAGGAUCCGUCGGUCCCCGGCAGCGAAGACGAUGAUGCAGACCUGGUCGAGAUGGAGAGGCGGCAGUCCAUUGUGCAGGAGCUGGCGCGCCAGUACACCCAGCAAUCGGUGGCCGACGGCAACCCCCAGUCGAUCUUUGGGAAUGUCAGUGACCCCAACUCGCCACUCAACCCCCAGAGCGAGAACUUCAGCGCUCGCUCGUGGGCCAAGUCGGUCGCCAAGAUGGCCCAGGAGCACGGCGCCGGCUUUCGAACUGCCGGUAUAUGCUUUGAGAACAUGAACGUAUACGGCUACGGCAGCGAGACCGACUACCAGAAGGACGUGGGCAAUGUGUGGCUCGAGCUUCCCAAUCUGGCCAAGCAGCUGGCAUCUCGCAAGGGCACAAACCGACGUAUUGAUAUCCUGCGGAAUUUCGACGGCGUUGUUGCUGCGGGAGAGAUGCUUGUUGUUCUUGGCCCCCCUGGAGCCGGCUGUUCGACCUUUUUGAAGAGUAUUUCUGGCGAGACCAACGGCCUGUACAUCGACAAGAACACCUAUUUCAACUACCAAGGCCUCAGUGCCCACGAGAUGCACAAGCACAAUAGCGGCGACGCGAUAUAUACGGCCGAGGUGGACGUCCAUUUCCCCAGGUUGUCGGUCGGUGAUACGCUGAGCUUUGCCUCGCGAGCGCGCUGCCCAAGUCGGCUGCCUCCCGGAGUGUCGCGCCUGGACUUCUGUCAUCACUACCGCGACGUGGUCAUGGCCAUGUACGGUAUUAGCCAUACGAUCAAUACGCGUGUUGGUAACGAAUACGUUCGCGGCGUCUCCGGAGGUGAGCGCAAGCGUGUGACGAUCGCCGAGGCCACUCUUUCACACGCUCCAUUCCAGUGUUGGGACAACUCGACACGUGGACUGGACUCUGCCAACGCUGUCGAAUUCUGUAAGACCCUCCGGCUCCAGUCCGAACUAUUCCAUCAGACCUGUGCUGUGUCCAUCUAUCAGGCUCCGCAAAGCGCCUACGACCUGUUUGACAAGGUCCUGCUCAUUUACGAGGGCCGGCAGAUCUUCUUUGGCCGUACAGAUGAAGCUAAGCAGUACUUCCUUGAUCUUGGGUUCGACUGCCCCGACCGUCAGACGACCCCCGAUUUCCUCACCUCAAUGACGGCAGCGUCGGAACGUGUUGUGCGCGUUGGCUGGGAGAAUCGUGUGCCCCGUACCCCAGACGAAUUCGCCGCCUGCUGGAAGAACAGUCAGAACUACAAGGACUUAAAGGCCGAGAUGGAGCAGUUUAAAGCGGCCCACCCGAUCGGUGGUAGCAACGCGGAUGAGUUCCGGGCACUGAAGAAGAGGGUGCAGGCCAAGGGCCAGCGCCUCAGCUCGCCUUAUAUCAUCUCAUAUGGCCAGCAGGUGCGGCUGUGUUUGUGGAGAGGCUGGAAGAGAUUAAUAGGAGAUCCGGGCCUGACCAUCUUUGCGCUGACAGCCAACACUGUCAUGGGUCUCAUCAUCUCGUCCCUGUUUUACAACAUGCAACCCACAACGGGCAGCUUCUACAGUCGGGCUGCUAUUCUCUUUGUCGCCAUCUUGACUAAUGCGUUCUCGAGUGCCCUAGAAAUUCUCACCCAGUACGCGCAGCGGCCCAUUGUAGAAAAGCAUGUCCGCUACGCAUUUUACCACGCUUCUGCCGAAUCUUUUGCCUCGGUCCUCGUCGAUAUGCCAUACAAAAUCACAAACACGAUAUGCUACGAUCUCGUCAUUUAUUUCAUGACGAACUUGCACAGGGAUGCAGGAGCAUUCUUUUUCUUCCUGCUGACUACAUUCCUCAUGGUGUUGGCCAUGUCUGGUAUCUUCAGGUCCAUCUCUUCGCUGUCACGUACCUUGUCCCAGGCCAUGGUUCCAGCGUCUAUUCUGAUCCUGGCUCUGGUAAUCUUCACAGGCUUUGUCGUCCCUGUGGACUACAUGCUCGGCUGGUGCCGAUGGAUCAACUACGUGGACCCCGUCGCGUACGGCUUCGAGGCGCUGAUGAUCAAUGAGUUCCACGAUAGAGAGUUUGAGUGCACGGCAUAUGUGCCCAGCCCGGCCCUGGCUGCCUACAAGAACGCCACCUCGGACCACAUCGCCUGCUCUGCCGUCGGCGCCAAGCCCGGGCGCAGCUUUGUCCUCGGUGACGACUACAUUGGCUCCAACUACAAGUACUACCACUCGCACAAGUGGCGCAACAUUGGCAUCAUGAUCGCCUUCAUUAUCUUCUUCCAUGGGGUCUAUUUUGUUGCAACCGAGUAUAUCACGGCCAAGAAGUCCAAGGGUGAAGUCCUUGUUUUCCGACGCGGCUUUACCAGCGCCCCCCGCCCAAACAAGAGUGACGAUGUCGAGGCGUCACUCUCGGGACCAAUCACCGCAGCACAGGGCAAUAUCUCCGAUGACUCCAGCGGGCAGGGCGUCAUCCAGGCCUCCACGAGUGUCUUCCACUGGAAGAAUGUCUGCUACGAUAUCAAGAUCAAGGGCGAACCUCGUCGUAUCCUGGACCACGUGGACGGAUGGGUGAAGCCUGGUACACUUACUGCCUUGAUGGGUGUUUCCGGAGCCGGCAAGACGACACUGCUGGACUGCCUCGCCGACCGUGUGUCUAUGGGCGUUAUUACGGGAGAAAUGCUCGUCGACGGCCACCUCAGAGACGAUUCAUUCCAACGCAAAACGGGGUAUGUGCAACAGCAGGACCUUCAUCUCGAGACGAGCACUGUGCGUGAAGCCCUAGAGUUCAGCGCACUGCUCCGUCAACCGGCCAGCACCCCGAGGGCUGAGAAGAUGGCGUAUGUGGACGAGGUCAUCCGCCUCUUGGACAUGCAGGAGUAUGCCGACGCAAUUGUUGGUGUGCUUGGUGAGGGUCUGAACGUAGAACAGCGGAAGCGCCUAACUAUCGGUGUCGAGUUGGCGGCCAAGCCGCCGCUCUUGCUUUUCGUCGACGAGCCGACAUCUGGACUGGAUUCGCAGACAAGUUGGGCUAUUUUGGAUCUGCUUGAGAAGCUAUCCAAGGCCGGCCAGUCGAUCCUGUGCACUAUCCAUCAACCCUCCGCCAUGUUGUUCCAACGCUUUGAUCGUCUCCUCUUCUUAGCCAAAGGUGGAAAGACUGUCUAUUUUGGUGAAAUCGGCGAGAAUUCGGAGACGCUCACCUCGUAUUUUGCGCGCAAUGGCGCCCCGCCCUGUCCCAAGGAGGCCAACCCUGCAGAGUGGAUGUUGGAAGCCAUUGGAGCAGCACCCGGUUCGCACAGCGAGGUCGAUUGGCACGAGGCAUGGCGCAACAGCCCAGAGUACCAAGACGUCCAGGACGAGCUUCAGCGCCUUAAGGACAGCGGCGCUGGUGCUGGACAGGAGAAGCCGUCCCAUCACAACGACACGGCCGCCUACCGCGAAUUUGCCGCGCCCUUCUGGCAGCAACUCGUUAUCGUCACCCACCGCGUGUUUCAACAGCUCUGGAGAACCCCGUCGUACAUCUAUUCGAAAUUCAUCCUUUGCUGUUCCGUUGCGCUCUUCAUCGGCUUGGUGUUCCUCAACGCCCCGCGCAGUAUCCAGGGCAUGCAGAACCAGAUGUUUGCCAUUUUCAAUAUCCUAACCAUUUUCGGUCAGCUCGUCCAGCAGCAGAUGCCGCACUUCGUCACGCAACGAGCGCUCUAUGAGGUGCGGGAGAGGCCUUCCAAAACUUACAGCUGGAAGAUCUUUAUGUUGUCACAGAUCAUCACCGAGAUCCCCUGGAAUUCCCUCAUGUCCGUCUUUAUGUUUAUCUGUGUCUACUGGCCGGUCGGCUUGAACAAGAACGCCGAAGCGGCCGGGCAGACGGCGGAGCGCGGCGGUCUUAUGUGGCUCCUAUUCUGGCAGUUCCUCAUCUUUACCUGCACUUUCGCCCAUGCUUGCAUCGCUAUCACGGACACGGCAGAGUCUGGCGGUAACCUGGCUAACGUCUUGUUCAUGAUGUGCUUGAUGUUCUGUGGUGUUAUUGCGGGCCCCGAUCAGAUGCCUGGCUUCUGGGUUUUCAUGUACCGCGUGUCGCCAUUCACCUAUCUCGUGUCCUCGAUGCUUUCGACGGGUCUAGCGGGCAACGUCGCCGAGUGCGCGGCCAACGAACUGGUGCACGUCAACCCGCCCGUUGGCCAGACCUGUGGGGAGUACAUGAGUGAUUACAUGAGCCAUUUUGGUGGCUAUCUUGUCGACAAAGCCGCCACUUCGGACUGCCGUUUCUGCCCCGUUGCAACAACCGACGUCUACCUCAAGCAGAUCCACGCCAACUUUGACAACAGGUGGCGUGACUUUGGCAUUGGCAUGGUCUACAUCGUCUUCAACAUUGCCGCCGCGCUCGCACUCUACUGGCUUGUGCGCAUGCCCAAGGGGAAGAAGAUGAAGAAGGAGUGA